UGCGGCGGAGCUUUUUGUAACAGAGAGGGGGAACGGCUUCAUACAGUAUUUUAGAGAGAGAGAGGAGAGAGAAGCGUAAAUUUCGAUUGCAGAAUUCAGUCGGCGGUGGUGGCGGAGCAGCAAGAAUCAUCCUUUCUUCUGUAUCCGUUUCAAUUUCUGUAAUCAGUUCAUGUAUCUUUCUAAUUUAACUAUUUAAGUUCGAUCCUCCUUCUUCCCCUCUUUGCUGAUCUGCACGAUUCAUCGCUCUUCCGAUUCUUCAUCCUAGCGACUGGAAAUCGUUUAUGUGAUAGCAUCGAAGCAGCAGCAAUAUCUGACUUGGGAGGUGAUCGCUUUCUGAGUAUUUUAUAGAUCUGACUUUGGUCGUCGAUCGGACGGCAGAGGGAUUUGGUACCUGAAUGAUGGGAUUGGAGUCAUCUGGGGAGGUUUAAUUACACUUCUUUGUGGGGGGAGAUUGAGCUAGUUGCUUUGGGGGUGAAUCCCGAUUAAUGAUCGAACCGCAAUCUUAGGAUUUUUUUUGAUAGCUCAGCUAUUGGGAAACAAACAACAGCAGCUCAUACAUUCCGUCUGUCUAAAACCAUAAUCUUAUACUUCACUACAUGCAUUGUUUUUUACAAUGAACGAGAUCAGAAAUAGUAAGGAAGGCGAGCCACAAACUACAUCGUCUUCUUCCUCAUCCACGGAGGUGCCGCAGGGAGUUCGAUGGUGUCCUUCUCAGUUCAAUUUCUCUCCUUAUUCUCCCGUAGCUGAUACUGAUGUCAAGCUUCGCCAGUCAUUACGGGUUGUUGUUAGAAGACCUUUGGUGGGAAGGUUGACAAAGGAUAUUGUGGAAACAUACAAAUUGUGUAAUCCCCAUUUCCAUUACUCGGAUGAGUUAAAUCCAAAGCGAUACUUGACAAGUCCCUCUGUUGGUGUACUUAAUGAUGGGCAUGAUAAUACAAACUCAGACCUUAUACUGGCUGUGAACUAUGUGCUAAGUAAUUCAGGAACACAGCAAAGGUACAUUGUGAAAGAUAUUCUUGGUCAUGGGACCUUUGGCCAGGUUGCCAAAUGCUGGGUUCCAGAAAUAAAGAGCUUUUUAGCUGUGAAGGUCAUUAAAAACCAACCUGCAUAUCACCAACAAGCCUUGGUUGAAGUUUCCAUUUUGACAACGUUAAACAGGAAGUAUGAUCCUGAAGAUAAGCACCAUAUUGUUAGAAUUUAUGAUUAUUUUGUGUUCCAACGACAUUUGUGCAUAGUAUUUGAGCUACUUGAAUCAAACCUGUACGAGCUUGUCAAGUUGAAUCAAUUUAGAGGCUUGUCAUUAAACGUUGUCCAGCUCUUCUCAAAACAGAUUUUGCGUGGACUAUCGCUUAUGAAAGAUGCUGGAAUAAUUCAUUGUGAUUUGAAGCCAGAAAAUAUUCUCCUCUGCAGCUCGAAGCCAGCUCAAAUUAAGAUUAUCGACUUUGGUUCUGCAUGCACAGAAAACCGAACUGUUUACUCAUAUAUUCAGAGUCGUUACUAUAGGUCACCUGAAGUGUUACUUGGCUACCAGUAUUCAACUGCUAUUGAUAUGUGGUCUCUUGGAUGCAUAGUAGCUGAACUAUUUUUAGGAUUACCACUUUUCCCAGGAGCAUCAGAGUAUGAUCUACUCAAACGGAUGAUAAAAAUACUUGGAGGACAUCCCCCGGAUUAUGUAUUAAAAGAUGCCAAAAACACAAACAAGUUCUUCAAGUUUGUUGGAAAUGCCAGCCACAAUGAGGGAAGUGAACAUUCUAACCGCAGCCAAAGUGUCUACCAAGCAUUAAGCGAAGAGGAGUAUGAAGCAAGGGAGUUGAAAAAACCAUCAAUUGGAAAAGAGUAUUUCAAUCAUAUGAACCUUGAAGAAAUUGUCAGCAUGUAUCCUUACCGGAGGGGCUUGCGUGAAGAAGAGAUCGCUAAAGAAAAUGAAAUACGUUUAGCAUUGAUUGACUUCUUGCGGGGGCUUGUGGAGUUUGAUCCCACUAAACGAUGGUCUCCUUUGCAGGCUUUAAAACACCCUUUUGUGACGGGGGAACCUUUCACACAACCUUACAAACCUCUACCAGAGACUCCUCGCGUGCCUGUAUCACGGAAUGUCAACGUGGAUCAUCACCCAGCUGGAGGUCAUUGGUUUGCUGCUGGUCUUUCUCCUAAUGUUGGUUUGAUAUCCGGAAGAGCCAGACUUCCUAUGCAUAAUAGCCCUCAUUUUCAAGUGGUUUCACAUGGAUAUUCUGGUAGUUAUGGUAGUCUAGGAAGCCAUGGCAGCUAUAAUGAAAACUACGGGCUUGGGAGUAGCAGUUAUGGAAGCUAUGGAGAUAACAGCAACAUGCAUGCAUACUUCUCCCCAGUUGGUCCAUCUGUAUUGAAGAGUGGUAUACCAAUUCUGGGAAGCAGUCCUGAUGCCAGGCUGAGAAUUCCUCAACUGCCACACGGUCAUGGCCUUGGUGUCAGCCCAUCUGCUGGAAAUUUUGUGCCUAUGUCACUUGGAUCCAGUCCUUCUCAGUUUACACCUCCCUGCUCCUAUGGCCACAUUUCGGCUGGUUCUCCUGGACAAUAUGGUCCAACUUCACCGGCAAAAGGUAGUAGUGGUCAUGGAUCACCACUGGGCAAAGGGGCUGCUUCAAGCCAUUUCAACAGAAGAAAAAAUAUGGGUUAUUCCACAAGUUUGCAUUCUCAAGAAAAUUCAUCAAUUUCUCACUGGCAAGGGCAAAUUGCCGAAGCUUCUAGCUACAGCCAAUUUGAAGCAACUUCUCUAGGGUUUGGUGGCAUGCCCUUGCAUUUGCAGUCUAGUGCAAAUGCUCCAAGCUGGAAGCAGCAACAGAGUGGAUGUGGAAUUACACCAGGACACUAUGUCCCCCAUAAUGUUAGAGGUUCUUUUGCACUUGGGCCUAAUAUGCAAUUUUCUCACCUGAAGGGAACUGCAUAUGACAAGCCAGAGGCUAGCCUUGAUCUGCCUAAUCCUGGAGAUUGGGAUCCCAAUUAUAGCGAGGAUCUUCUUCUGCAAGAGGAUGGUUCUGAACUGGGCUGCUUAGCAUCCGACUUCAACAAGAGUUUGCAUUUUAAUCCAGGUUUACCUCCAUUGGCGUCCAGUAAGCACAACUAUGUUUCUGGCAUGACUUCGGGCAUGUCAAUGCAAAGACCAAAUGGAUCUAUCCAAUCAUUUUCACAUGGGGAAGACGGCAACCCCUCAUCAGCCCAUGAUAUGUAUGGUGGGACCCGCCACCUGCCAAAGACAUCACAUAUUACUAGUCACAUCUCUUCAAAUUCUCCUAGUCGCCUGGGCCAACAACAACCCAUCCACCGAUUCAACCAAGGGAGAUCAACAGCAAUUAAAGUUCAGCCAUCUCCAUCUGGUUUCAACUUUGGGGGUCCUCUUUCACCUGGUGGUGGUAGUAGUAGUAGUCCAUUUGGCAGUGGGCGCAGAGGCAACCAUCCGGUGACCAACAUUCCGCCUACUUCUCGUGGAAGGAAGGACUACAGUGGAUUCGCUUAGCUAUUUGACUAGCUUUAUUUUUCUUCUUCUUCCUAUUUGCGGGGUUGUUGUCCUUGUGUUGCCAAGCAACUGAAAUUCUUCCAAAUGUCCAAACCUUGCUCAUUCAUUAUGCUUGAUUAUUAUAUAAAUUUAUAUUGUGAUUUA